AUGGAUUUGGAGCCUUCCUGGACUGCCAUACCCAACCCUGGGGGCACCCUUUUUGCCCCCAAUGCCACAACACCCUGGCUGGGCCGGGAUGAGGAGCUGGCCAAGGUGGAGAUUGGCAUACUGGCUACCGUCCUGGUGCUGGCCACAGGGAGCAACCUGGCUGUGCUGCUGACCCUGGGCCAGCCAGGUCGCAAGCGCUCCCGCAUGCACCUGUUUGUGCUGCACCUGGCCCUGACUGACCUGGGUGUGGCACUCUUCCAGGUGCUGCCCCAGCUGCUCUGGGACAUCACCUACCGCUUCCAGGGUCCUGACCUCCUCUGCCGGGCUGUCAAGUACCUGCAGGUGCUCAGCAUGUUUGCCUCCACCUACAUGCUGCUGGCCAUGACAGUGGACCGAUACCUGGCCGUCUGUCAUCCCCUACGCAGCCUCCAGCAGCCCAGCCAGUCCACUUACCCACUCAUCGCGGCUCCCUGGUUGCUGGCUGCCAUCCUUAGCCUCCCUCAAGUCUUCAUAUUUUCUUUGCGGGAGGUGAUCCAGGGCACAGGGGUGCUGGACUGCUGGGCUGAUUUCCGCUUCUCCUGGGGGCCACGGGCCUACAUCACCUGGACUACUCUGGCCAUCUUUGUCCUGCCUGUGGCCAUACUUACAGCCUGCUACAGCCUCAUCUGCCAUGAGAUCUGUAAGAACCUAAAAGUCAAGACACAGGCUGGGAGGGUGGAAGCAGGGGGCUGGAGGACUUGGGACAAGCCUUCACCUUCUGCCCCAGCUGUGGCCAAGCGGGGGCUACCAUCUCGGGUCAGCAGCAUCAGCACCAUCUCUCGGGCCAAGAUCCGAACGGUGAAGAUGACCUUCAUCAUCGUGCUGGCCUACAUCGCUUGCUGGGCACCCUUCUUCAGUGUCCAGAUGUGGUCUGUGUGGGAUGAGGAUGCCCCUGAUGAAGAUUCCACCAACGUGGCCUUUACCAUCUCCAUGCUUUUGGGCAACAUCAGCAGCUGCUGCAACCCCUGGAUCUACAUGGGCUUCAAUAGCCACCUGUUACCACGCCCCCUGCGUCAUCUUGCCUGUUGUGGGGGAGCCCGGCCCCGCAUGCGUAGACAGCUCUCCAGCAGCAGUCUCUCCAGCCGCCGCACCACCCUGCUGACCCGCUCCAGCUGCCCACCCACCCUCAGCCUCAGCCUCAGUUCGAGGCCAGGGCCGGCAGAGUCACUGAAGGAUUUAGAACAGGCAGACGGGGAAGCCACCACUGAGACCAGCAUCUUUUAAAGAAGACUUGUUGGAUGGAGCCUGGGACUGCCCCCAGGGCUAGCAGUGGAGGAUCUCUGCCCAUCUCAGGCACUGGGUGUAAGAGCUGGGAGGUCAGGGUUAGCGUUCCCUGGAACCCAAUUUGAGGCAGUGCGAAGAGGCCAGAAUAGCAGCCUCUAAGGUGAAGCCUGUCCUCCUUAGCUCCCAGUCUCAUGGUGACAGUCAGACAGAAUCAAAUGGCCUGCUUCCCGGACCUGCCAUACUCACAGGGUGUCUUGGAACACACCCACAGGGUGGAGGUGGUGCACCAGACCUGGGGUGGCACUGUCUGAGGGUCCCCAGGUGGCAGGAACUCAGAAGCUGGUCUCAUGCCUUAGCUACCUGUCCCCAGUCUAACCUGACUUGCACAUCCCAGCCCAACCCCAGGGCGCAGGGAGUGAAAAACUCUAAGGACCUACUUGGAUCCUGAUUU